GUUAUCCCAAAAAGGGAAGCCUUCACGUGAUCGGAUCUAAGCCGAAAGCACAUUUAUUAACUAUACAACUCUGGUCAAUCUCGAGAUGGACAUGUGGAAUGCUUUCCGAAGAAGCCCGAGAUUUCCCCUUGAUGCCGGCUUGGAAAUUGCGCAAUUCUCUUAGGUGUGGCAAAUAAUCAAGUUAUAAACAGAAACGCGAGGAGCUUAAUUGUAACCAAACGAAUACGAUCACCAUCAUAUUCCUACGCUCGACUCAUAGAUAUCAGAGUCAUUCUGGGCGAUUCACUAUUCCAAGAAGCUGUCCAGCAUACCCAUUCACAAUGCCACUACAUCUUCAUCCCUCCAUCGAUGGCGGCAUAGAAAAAGGCCAGCCCGACUUUCCCGGAGGCAAACUCUACUGCCACUGCAGCAAUGACAAAGUCGAAGUCACAGUCGAUAGCAAUGUUCUCCACAACCAUGCUUGUGGGUGCUCCAAGUGCUGGAAACCUACCGGUGCACUUUUCUCAGUCGUUGGCGUUGUUCCCAAGGAGAAGGUGAAGGUGACCGCCAAUGAAAAUAAAUUACACAUCAUCGACGAAAAUGCGGCAAUUCAACGCAAUGCUUGCUCCGAGUGUGGAGUUCACUUGUAUGGCCGCAUCGUCCAGGACCAUCCGUUCAAGGGACUGGACUUUGUACACACCGAACUCAGUGAUACGAAGGGGUGGCAAGAGCCUCAAUUCGCCGCGUUUGUCAGUUCGAUAAUCGAGCAGGGCUUCUCGCCAAGCGAAACACCUCAAGUUCGAGAGCAGUUCCACAAACUAGGCCUGGAGACCUUUGAUGCCUUGAGCCCGCCUUUGAUGGAUGCGAUUGCGACAUACAAUGCGAAGAAGUCAGGCAAGCUUGCUGCUUAGGGGUCGACUCGAACGACAAGCAUGAAACAGAAAUAGGUAGUGUGGACGAAACGGUAUUGACGUGAGAUAAGCCGGGUAGUUCAGUAUAUUACGUAUUCAAGCUUGCCAAGACCGUCCAAUUUAUGAAGCUUGAAAAUUGAAACCUAUCAAAGCCCAUGUAGUAGUGAUGUUGGUGUAGAUAAAUGCACUAUUGACUAUAUUAGACAUGAAAAACGUUCUGAUCGGUGGUGUCGCUUUGCAUUGGUGUUUCUAAGGUCCACGGCCGUCGAAUCCAGCUCAAAUGACCCAAUAGGAGCGUGCCUAGCUACAUAGCUAGUCAGCCUUAGUGCACCUUACACUAGGCCAAACUAUAUAAGGCGUGGGAGUAGGCGAGAGUGGGUGAGUAUGGUAAGUAUAGGUGAGCAUGGCGGU